UUUUGGUGUUGCAGGAAAUGCGUGCCACUCACAACACACAACACGCACGUCUGGGAAGGAAGGAGGAGCACGAACACUGGCUUAGUUAGCCCCACUGGAAUCAGCGUAUCACAUUUAGUGUAAGCAUGGCAGGCGAUAGCGAUACACGGCUGGAGAACAGAGCCGAAAAUGAGCAUGCGAACCGGCAACCUUUCCUCAUCGGGGUGGCCGGAGGCACAGCCAGCGGAAAGUCCUCCGUCUGUGGGAAGAUCAUGGAGCUUCUGGGACAGAAUAAGAUAGACCAUCACCAGCGACAGGUGGCCAUUCUCAGCCAGGACAGCUUCUACCGAGUGCUAACCCCGGAGCAGAAGGCCAAGGCACUGAAGGGCCAGUACAAUUUCGACCACCCAGAUGCGUUUGACAAUGAGCUCAUCAUGAAGACACUGUGGGACAUCAUGGAGGGCAAAGCAGUCCAGAUCCCAGUGUAUGACUUUGUCACCCAUUCCAGGAAAGAGGAGAGUGUAACAGUGUAUCCUGCUGACGUUGUGCUAUUCGAGGGGAUCCUGAUGUUUUACUCUUUGGAGAUCAGGGACAUGUUUCAGAUGAAGCUCUUUGUGGACACGGAUGCUGACACUCGGCUCUCCCGUAGAGUGUUGAGGGACAUAACGGAGCGCGGCCGGGACUUGGAGCAGGUGCUGACACAGUACAUCACCUUUGUCAAGCCUGCCUUUGAGGAGUUCUGUCUGCCAACCAAGAAGUAUGCUGAUGUGAUCAUUCCUCGAGGAGCUGAUAACCUUGUGGCCAUAAACCUGAUUGUCCAGCACAUCCAGGACAUUCUGAACGGCGGUCUGACCAAGCGGAACGGCUGUGUGAACGGUUACAUCACGCCUCGCAAGAGGAAGACCUCCGAGUCCAGCAGUCGGCCGCACUGACCUCACUUCCCCUCUCCCCAAAAAUCAGCCAUCGACGGAAGAGGGGAGGGUCAACUGUAUAUACCGCCAGUCAGCUACACUGUAUUUAAAAUCAAGAAGUAAUAUACAGGAACUACAAAGCCUUCAUGAAUAUUAUUUUUGGACUGGGUGAAAUGUUUUGGAAGGUAAAAGGUAUUUCGUUCCCAGCGUUGGAACAACUGCAGGUCAGAGGCAAAGUCGCUGUUUUGUGAUUUAUUUAUUUAGUUUUUUUUAAUUUUAUUAUUAUUUUUUUUAAUUAUUAUUAGCUUCUGCCCCCCUGAUGCGCUUGCAUAUAUGAAUAAAGGAGGAGGAGUGCUGGUGGCGUUUUGUGGUGCUUGAACCCUAGCUGCCUGUUCAGUUUCCAGCACUCACGUUUUUUGGUCAGUGGUUUUGUCUUUAUUGUUGGGGGUGGGGGAGGAUGUGGUUGGAGAAUACAAAACUGACAAAUAUGCCUCUGUACAACUGAGGAGUUAUGACAUGCAUAUAGCUGUGACUCCUUUUAGUAUUGGAAGUGCCAGAUAAAGUCAUUUACCUACAUUUUUUAUUCAUGCCAACUUACAAAACCUGAAAAACCUAAAACACUUUUAACAUUUUUAUUAUUCUUUUUUUAAUCAGGCCUGUGUCUUCACCGGUCUGUACUCCGUGUCUGAAUUUCUCUUGGUUGCGCUCUCACUCCUUCACCCGACCUGCUUAUCCAGUACUGCUCUGGCAGCAAAAAUGCCCUGGGUCUCCAACUGUGAUCAUGCACAAGAAGGGAGAAUAAACUUGGCCCUGACACCUACCUCUCAUCCCAACAGUUAAACCUUCCUCUUUCAGGUCCCUGAACCGCUUGCCUCUGUGCCACGCCCAAAUCAGAUGGAUUGCUUUGUGCAAAGACCGACUCAUCAUCUCCGCUAAGUUCAGUGGGUUAACUCAAUUCUCUAAAGGUGGAUGGGGGCAUCCCGUUAACUUGGGAGGAGGACUGCUGCCCUGUUUUUGCUGGGUAUUUUCAGGGAUACUUCAGGUUAUCUGCAUUCCAAUGCAAGUUUUCUGCCUUAGCAGCUCAGUUUCAACAUGCAAUGUCAUAUUCUCUGAGUGCAACAAAAUGCUAUAAGUUUCAAAAUGCAAAAUGGUAUCUUAAAAAUGACCACAAAUUGUUUUAUAUUUGUCUUGUGUUGCUUGAUGAUUUCAUUAAAAUAAAGUUGAGUCUUCAUUUGCCUCAAACCCUUAAAAAUCUUUUAUCUUGCAGUAAUAAAUCUCUAGAUCCACACUUCUGUCUAAAGUGAAAGGCACACAUUGAACAUUGUGUAUGUACAGUGCAUCAUUUCUUGACAAACUGCCAAAACGGACAUUGCGGUUCAUUCCAUUCAGCAUUAGAUUGGGUUUGGGUGUUAUCUACACAUAUGCCAUGGCAUCAUGCACAAUAUCUGAGGACACAAAUGUAUAUAACAUGAUGUGCCGAGCUGGGGCAAAGCAUAGUCAUUUGUACAGACCAAAGUUGCAGUCUGAACAAACACUGCAGAAAUGUCACACAAAGGCUAUGGGAAUGUGCAUUAACGUCCUGUUGUCCAGUGCCAUCAUUCCUGUGCAUUUAAGGAAUCUUAGGUACCUAUUUUAUGCUUGGAUUGCUGAUUCUCAUUUUGUUCUACUACACCCUCCACAACAAGAAACAGGGUAGUUUAUUAAAUACUAUUUGUCAUGUAUUAAAAAUGUGUUGGCUGUGUCAAAGAAAAUUAGGUAAUGGUGUUUGAAUUUCAGCCAAAAACAUAUAUUUAUAAAAUGUGUGUGUGUAUAUAUCAGGGUGGGGUGGGGGUUGGGAAUGUCAAUAAACGUGAAUCACGUGUAAAGGAUAAGUCAAUAAUGUGUUUCCAUAGCCAGCUUUUUAAUGUGUGUUACUUUUCCUCUUCUUUGAAACAUCAGUAUUGUAUCUUCUGUUAGGAGCAGGUCUGUGUAACUUAUUUACUAGUGUCAUUGACAUCUGCCCUGUGCAUUGUUUCUUUCAUGGUUCUGCUUGUGGCAAUAUCAUAUCACUUUCUUACCCAUGCAAUGGGAUAUGUAAGCAAGAUGUUUUGUGCUGUGGCUUCAUAUCAGUUACUUAGCUAUAACUGCCACCAUAGUACUUUUUGUAAAGAUGACUCAUGCUCUAAGUGUGGGAACAAUAAUUUUGAAUGAAAAUGUUUAGGGCCAGUUUUAGCACAGAUUAAGCUUAGUCCUAGACUAAAUUGAGUUUUCUACAGAGAAUAUCCAUUCAAAAUUGUAUUUUGUCCAGUCUAAGCUUAAUCUGUCUAUGAAACCAGCUCUUAAUUUCACUCACCAAAAACAGUCUGUUGCUCCUUGCUGCCUACCUCUAAAUAUUUUUGAAAGACUUAUGCAAGCAGUACACAUUUUUUUUUUUUGCAACUUCCCACAGAUAUUGCCUGUUUUUCAUAUAGGCCUACUUCUCAUUGUGAAUUGGUUGUCAUUGGGAAUGUGGUUGAGUUUAGUCCCUGAAUACUUUGAUUUGUACUUGUUAUUACGGCCAAUUUAUCAUUUCUCAUUAGUAAUUUUGCUGUAAAUUGGUUCUACUGUAGGGGAAAGGGUUCAGGCUUUAUCAACAGUUCAUCAACUAAAGGACAAGAUUUCAAUGGAUGUUACAUGUGUCCAGCACUGUUAUUUUAUGCAUAUGCUAUAAAGCCUGUGAUUAUUGAUUCACAUGUGAAAGGCAUUUUCAUAUAGUAUUUGUAUAAUGCAGAACAUUUAGUGGAUGUUACAACAAACCAAAAAAAUCACUCAAAAUGGCAGUCUGUGGAGUGGUCAGUUGCAAAACUGAUUAACAACCCCCACCUUUGGGAUAAGACUAAUUUUUCCUUCUGAAUAUAACAGUGCUUAGCUGAAUCAUGUGUUUUAUAAAAUUGUGUUCUUUUCAAAAUAGCAUCACAUAUCAUCACUUUUACAUAGGCAAUCAACGAUCAGCUUUACUUGUCACUAUUCAAAGAAAUGAUUUUCUCUUCAUGCCUUUACAUACAAGUACACAGGUCAGAGAGAAAGUAAUGGUUGGAAAGUGUAGACAGGCAAAAACAAAACAUGAUGAGUAUUCCUUUCAUAUAUUAUGUAUUUUGGUUCCACAAUUUGUAGGUAGUUAUGUUAUCACUUUGUUCAAAUGAUUUGUACAACAAUAAUGUAUAUAUAUAUAUAUAUAUAGCUUUACUCAAGUUCUGUGAUUAAGUGUAUAUUUAGAUUAAUUUAAACUUUGAUUUUGAUAUUUAAAGUUUAUUAUUUUAAUGGCAUUGACAUGGAGGAAAUCUGAAUUGAAAGGGAAGGUUAAAGAUAUGUGCAAUCAAUGGCAUGCAUGUGAUAACAGCUAUUUAGCACUGACAGCUGUUUGUAUAGUUUAACCAAAACAUUUGGAUGCUAUAAUAUGUGUACUCAUUUAUAUGACCUGAAGUGAAGAAAUAAAACACAUAUUUGCUUGGAUGUUGUAGGGGAGCCACUUUGGAAGAGUUGACCGUGCAAUAACACAUCAAUUCAUGGAUCAUUGUUAAAUGCAGCGGUAAAUUGCUGGAAAAUACAAAAAUAAGCAAAAUGCAUAUUUUUCUUGAGUAAAUUCCACUCAAUGGCAUUUUAUGCUUUCUUUGAUUUUAUUUCCCUUUAGAUUGUUUUUCUAGAAUGUUAAAAUCUAGAACAUCUAAAUGUUUUGUAAUGUUUCCAUUUUCUUUAAAAUAAUGUUCGAUUUUUUACUUCUUUGUCAUACAGCAACAUUCUUUUUGACCCUUUAAAAAAUGUAUAAUAAUGUAAAUGGAGAUUACAUGUAAGGGGUUGUGUAAUCAAGCACCAACAAUCGAACAAUAAAGAUUUUAUACGAAGUA